AGCGCUACCGUCGAGACAGGAAAUUGUCGGCGUUACGACGCUGACUUGUUGCGACUUUUUGACUUGGACAACACGACUUGUGACUUUACCCACGGACGCUUAGAAGCGGCCUGUCACCGGUCACACACAGACUGGACUAGUGACGUCGCAACAGCAGAUCGUGCACAAUGAAGCUCCUACAAUCAAGGUUUAUUCUGAGCUCGAUAACAGUCGUUGUGCUGAUCAGCGAUGUAGUGGCCGACUCAGGUAAAUAUUCAGUUAAAAGGUACAGUCGUCCUUCGAAUGUUACUCUGAAUGACACCAACAUCAACAGUUUGCUACCCGUCAACUAUACUGAAAUGGGUGAAAACGUCAAGGCUUCUGGAAGUUAUCACAAGUCAUCGCGUAGAAUCGGUCUUGCCUUACUGAGUGACGAUGAAUCAAAACAGGAAAUGAAGAGUAACUUCAGAGUCCAUCGCAGCGGUGACCAAGGGAGUAAUGAGGAAAGUAUAAAAUCGUCUCAGCCGGACAUAAGCUCAAUAGUUCCUUCUCCAGUAGACAACAGCCUCCGUCCUUCACGAAUUGCUCAGCUUCGUAAAAAGUUCCCGAGAUUUGAAUCGCGUUUUGGAUCACGUAUUCGGAAAACAGGGACAAAUAACACUGAAACUCCCGUAGAAUCAUCAUACAGAGAAGACAAAGCAACAGAAAAUGAAUUACUGCCAGAAAACUCCAUGAGUAUCAGAAAUGAACCUACGAGGAUACGAAGGCCUCAAGUAAUCAAAGAAAGAACUCACUACCGAACUAUUUCAUCACCAUUUCCUGAGAGCGUGACUGAUUCACCUUCAACAUCUUCGCCAAACGUUUCGCCUACAGCGAAAUCACAAGACGGAACUGAUAUGGAUUCGAAACGAGAUUCCAUCACGAAUAAAUUUGGCUCCAUUUUGAAACGCCCAAGGGAACCUCCACGACGACGAAACAAUGAUGGCAGAGAAAAUAACGAACAUCAUACUCAAGCUGAUGAAAUUUCGUCUGAAAAUGGGGCGACAGUUUCGAACACGUAUAAAGAAUCUAAUAAGGCUCCUGAAAUAUCUGCUACUGCAUGGGUGAAAGAGCCCAAAAUAAGCUCCACCAUGACUUUGACAGACUCAGACUCGUUCGAAAAGAUGGAUUCGGAUUUUCAUUAUUCCAAAGGAGAACCAACACAAAAGCCUUUCAUUCCGUCAAGAAGUUUCGGCAGCGGCUCAAAUUUUCACAGAAAGCCUGACCCCAAUUCUGACUUCAUUGCAAUGGAGCACGAGCCAGGUUCUAGAGAAUAUCAAGAUAAUCAACAAAAUCAUGCAAGUACCAAGAAUGAGGAUAGUUCUUCUUUCUCGCCUGCUGAUUACUCAAAUGCUGAUCACGAAAGAGGUAAAUGGGAUCGUGAUGGUUUGAAAUACAGACAUGUUCCACGAGGAGAAGAGCCGAAUAAUAUAGAGUAUCCGAGGCAUAGGCCGUCGGAAGCUGAGGUUUCGAUAACGACUCGAGCAGAUCACGCCCCAGAGAUAUUCAGAGGCGAUGUCAGAAAGUCCACAGCUAAUCCUGGUAAAGAAAACAACCACCCAAGGCUGAAUCGUUUUCAAAAUAAAAUUCCCGCUCAAAAUACCUUUUCAGGGCCCGAACCAAUUUCUUCACGAAAAAUUGCCACUUCCACUGGGUACCAACACGUAAAUCAGAACAUCAAUCCACCUAUUAGCAAUAACCCUAACUGGGCUUUUGAUCCGCAAUGGAGUUUGCCUCACCAAGAUUAUCAAUCUAAUCCAGCGCCUAGAACAAAUCCUCCUAGAAUCUCUCCAACUAUUGCCACCUCUCUAAGAACCACUGGUCACAGAUUCCCUACUAUGAGACCUACGACAGAAAGAAUUGUACCAAGGCCAACAAAAGUUCCGGGCGCCGUGGAUAUUGUCAGAAGAGACGAAUUUCCUUUCGAAUUUUGGCGCCCUGAAAAUGAAAACGAUUAUGAACACGCGAGCAAUGUCAGGAAAGAGCAAAGAGAGAAUGCGCCUCCACUAGACUUUAAAGAAGUUCCAGAUCAUUUAUUUACGGUAGGGAACGGACCCGUGUCUGUUCCUGAAGAACUUGCAAGAAAAACUUUUGAGAUGGUAACUGCAGCUCCGAGUUUUGAUCUCACGAGCAAUCCAUUCGAAAAGGACGAAAACUUUCGGUUCAAUUCUCAAUUUCCUCGUGAAGAUUUUGGAAUUCCUCAUUUUAAACCCUCUGAAUCUGAGAGAGAUGAGCCAACAAGACAUUUCAGCAACCAAAACCACGAAUUCCGUCAAGUAAAUGGGCUACCAUCGAAUUCUGGUCAUUUCAGUCCUCGUGCUCCAAGUCAACGACCGUUUGGACCUCAUAACGUUCGGCCCAGUCAUCCAAUAACACCUAUACGUCCACCGGAGAGAUAUAGUCUAACACCUUUAUCACACCCACCUCCUUUUUUAACUACUACCUUCCUGCCUCUCAGGUCUCCUGCCAAAAUUCAUCCUCAUGGUCCUCUAAAUAAUAUUCAAGUAAUCCAUCUCUCGGCCAACGAAAUUCCAACAAAUCAUGGUAACAGGAAAAGUAUAAACGAACAAUUUCCGUCUUCCAAUUUCAACCAUAUACAUCCAUCGAGUGGUUCUGUUCGACCGCAAACGCAAUAUUCUAUAAAUCCAGCAGUCUUGCCUUCUUUCCGACCGACUCAUGAGCAAAACCGGCAGACCCCAGUCAAUAAAAAUAUACGUCGUCCAGGGCCUUACAAAACAAAAAUGAAUACUCUACGCAGGCCACAACAUGUAGCUCACCCUCAGCCCAUUAGAGGAAAUAAUUUCAAGCCUCAUCGACCAAAUGUCAACCAAGGAGUUAUUCCACAAGAUUUUUCCUAUUUGGAUACAGAUAGAAUCCGCGUUAUCAACCCUCACCUAAAGUACUCGACGGUGGCUCCAGAGCUAUCCACAAGUAGUCAUUUUGACGUACGGCAUCAACCGGCACAAGUCAGUCAGGAAUCAAAAAAUGAGCAGAGUGUCGCUUUCAGAAACAGAGAUGAUCCCCCUGAACAUAACUUUCAGAAUAUAGAGUUGUUUUUCGGAUCUGAUCCUCAGGAAGAGCAGUCAUUGCAGCCGCACAUUCCUCCGAACCAUUACAUUCCCCAAGAAAACUUACAGUUUCACCGCACCCGCCGUCCUAUCCAUCGACCAAUGAGACGCAGACGGCCGCAAAACCCUAAUGUUGAGAAUGAACCGGAAUCUUCUUCAAUUUGGUCGGCCUUGACAAACUUCGAUAUGAGUUUCCUUAAUCCAUUCCGUCAAGACAAUGAAGCCGAAGGUAGCACUCAGAUCGACAGAGUGGCAUCAGCAGCGGCUGCGAUCCCUACAGCUCUCUUGGUCCCAGGCGGCUUGGCAGUCUUAGGCGCCGGAUUAUCACUCUUCUACUUCAAUUUCGUAUGGCAACCAACUCCUGUGGUAAAAGCCAGACUUGCCAGUGUCAUUCAGAACUGGAGUCACGCUAACGUCCUCACAGCGGAACAGCAGAAGGCAGUUGGGGACAUAACAAAGGUGUACUCGGCGUUAUCCGCCAUUGCCUCAAAAUUGGAAGACAUGGACAAGUCGGCCGGGAACUCGACGCUUGACGACGCCAGCAGCGUGAGCAACCACGAACUGCUCGUGUCGCAGCCCUGCAAGAAUAAGAUGGUGUGCCAGACCUACGACGAGUUCGAUGAACUCUUCGACAUCACCAAGUCAGCUGCUACCUUCCUCGGUAACACCCUGGACCACCUGGAUCAAGAGAUGGUGCUACAGUUCCUGCUGGCAGCUGACAGAGGUCACCAUCUGUCGGACAAGAGCGGCAAUCUGACGUGCGACGCUUACUACCCCGCAUGCCCCCUACCUGCCAUCUCGGUGAAGGAUACCCUGCGCGACCUCGUGGGCAUCCCCAACCUAGAUGACAAUUCCCUCGACACUGUCUCUUCUCUGGACCAACAACAACGUUCGCUAUCAUUCAAAUCUGACGACGUUGGGGAAACUAUAAAACUCAAGGACGAUGAAACCAGAUAAUCGCUAUUCUAAUGGUCUUUAAGUUAUUGUCUUAUUUGGCGAAACUGCAGUCAUCUUUCAGUGAGGUGACGAAACAACUGCUGGUUUCCAGCUUCUCAGGUGUUAAUUUCGUACGCUCCAAUAAUUUGAAAUUCAUCUAGGCGAAACGACAAAGGAAAUUUUAAUAAAAUUUGUCAAGGCAAUUAUACAAUCGUAAUGAGUGAAAAAAUGAGCAUAUUAUUAAUAAAAUUGGAGCGGCUGAAUAAUUUACAAUUCCUAAAGGCAACGCAAUGAAGCAGGUUAUGAAUAAGAUUCAUGAAGCUGAAUAUUUCACAAUUUUCAAAGGCAAAGUAAUGAAACCCACUUAUAUGAAAUUCUCGAAAGCGAAUAAUUUACAAGGAGAAACGAAGAAACAUGUCAUCUCUCAUGGGAAACGGAGAAGCAUGUCACAAAAAUUCGGUUCCUAUGAAAUUUGACUGACGUCUGGCAUAUCAAUAAAUUUACAUACUUAAAGCUCUAGGGGUAUAUUGUGCAUAGCUCUAGAGGGAUAGUAUUUAUUUGUUCGAUUCUCGAGUUAUAUUGAAUGAGAAAAAAAAUCAAGAACAAAUAGAAUACUGAUCAAAUUGAGUCUUAUUCUAUUUUUUAAAGUAUUUUUUAUAAGUAAAUUAUUGACUGGUUUAUUGUACGAUUAGUGUCUGAGUAUGUACGAUUCGUAUCUGAGUAUGUACGAUUAGUAUCUGAGUAUGUACGAUUAGUAUCUGAGUAUGUACGAUUAGUAUCUGAGUAUGUACGAUUAGUA